GAAUGGUUUAACUUGCAACACAGACCGGGUUUCUGUCUUUUUGCAAAAAACUGAGGUCGUAAAGAAUUUCUGUGACAUGGCUGGAAAUACUGCUGAAGAAGUGGAGGGAUCAGCGGGUACUGAGACCAAAAAUGUCAACAAUGCAGAGGUUCCCCCGGAGUUCCUGAUCAAGCAUCCAUUGCAAAACACGUGGAGCCUUUGGUUUUACGAUAACGACAGAACAAAAACAUGGGAAGAAAACCAGAUUGAAUUAACUACUUUUGACACAGUUGAAGAUUUCUGGAGGCUCUACCAUCACAUUAAAGCGCCAUCUGAGAUCAGACAAGGCCAUGACUAUGCCGUGUUCAAGAAGGGGAUUCGCCCCAUGUGGGAAGAUGAUGCUAACAAAAUGGGCGGCCGGUGGCUUAUCAGUCUUGAGAAGAGACAGCGCAACUCCGACCUUGACCGAUUUUGGUUAGAUGUUGUAUUGCUACUAAUUGGUGAGAAUUUUGAGCAUCCUGAAGAAAUCUGUGGUGCUGUUGUGAAUGUAAGAGCAAAAUUAGAUAAAAUUGCUGUCUGGACCGCCGAUACAACAAAACAACAUGCCGUUAUAGAUAUCGGAAGGAAACUAAAGGAGCAGCUCGGUAUUCACGGCAAAAUCGGCUUCCAAGUACACAGGGACACGAUGGUCAAACACUCCUCAUCAACCAAGAACCUUUACACAGUCUAGCAUCCGAUACUUUUCCAUAACCCAGCGUUGGUCAAUCACUCCCUCGGUAUGCAGAACAGUUACAUAGUGUAUGUAGAAAGGAACGGGGUAAUCGUACCAAUGCUGUGUUGGAAAUAAAACAUUUCUCAACAGAAGUAGUAUUUACGUUAAAGUUUCACGUUUCUCAUUAAGAGAGUUUAUUUGAUGGCUCGCCGUCAGAGUGAGUGAAGGCUGAUGUUUGUACUAAACUGUUUGGUGUGGUUGUUGUCAAAGUUUACGCUGGUAUUUAUCAAUGUUUAGGGAUAAAGUUUAACCUAAGGUGUUAAAAGUACAUGAAUUCACCUAUUAGAUAAAGAUUAUCAAUAAUAGUUAAUUUUUUGGUUUAUAAAGGAUUUUCGUAUUGAAAAUAUUCAGGUAGCUGUCGGUUGUAUGAUAAUUGAAAGUAUAGGUCAGUCAUGCAAUAUGAAACAUGUUUUUAUCGCGUGACUAACGAAUAUGCGUUAUUGAUGUGUUUGUGCAAAUUUUUGUAAUACCUAAGGCUUUGAUAAAAAGAUUGUGUAACUGCAAUAGAAGUAAAUAUUGUCUUUAUAAUAACAUUGUCUAAUACCGGAGUGACUGCAUAAUAGAUAUAAGUUUGUAUUUACUCAUUAAGGGCUAACGCCAAAUUAGCAUGUUGCAAGAAAAUUUUCAAUAUUUAUACGAUUAAUGUACACUAAGUUUCAUUGCACGCACUCGCCAUUUUGUUAUUAACUCUUGGUACUAAGGAAUCUGUCGCCCUGCAUAGUUUAAAAUUGUUUUGUGUCCGAUAGACUAUAUUUUGGUAUUUCAUAUAAAAUACUGAACUAAAAA